CAUCGUGCAUUGUGGGAGAUGUAGUCCCUUGUGCUUUCGUCGCGGCAACUGUGCUGGGAGCGUGUGUCCUCGAACUACUGUUCCCAGAAUUCCACAGAGGUUCCAGGCUGCUGUGCGAAGGCAUGGCGGGGAGAGUAGGAAUGUCAGCGUAGAAGGAAAACCGAUCGUUUCAGCUCCAAUAGAAAGAGGGCCUAACGGAGGGGACCCUCAGCUUCUUUCUCGAUACCUCCGUCCUAAACACGCUGCUGGGGCGGGCGUGUUUGCCAGAGUCGUGAGGUGGGAUCCCGGUGUGGAUGUGUUGACCAGCCCUUGUCCUGUGAGUGUGCAGUGGACAGUGAAGCUUUUCUGGUUGUGGUUAGCCUCGACCCUAAGGAGAGCGGCUCUCUGUGACCAUGAUUUGUACUUUUUUGCGAGCUGUGCAGCAUGCAGAGAAGCUGCACAGGGCCACAGGGGCGCGACUGUUUGGGCCCCGCUUGGUGUUUAACAAAGCUUGCUUGAAUACUGAGCCUGGCCUGAAAUGGGGGCCGCCAGAGCAGAAUAAAACUCUGCUGCCCAGAGGUAUCCUGGGGCUCACCCGGAGAACCAUUUGGACACAGGGGCAGGGCCUCCGGAGAGCAAAGGAAGACGGCAGCAAACAAGUGUCGGUGCACAGAAGUCCGAGAGGGGAGACCGAUGUCUCAACGUCACAGAAAGUGAAAGAAGCUGGAAGAGAUUUUACCUACUUAAUAGUGGUGCUUAUUGGAAUCAGCAUUACAGGUGGUUUGUUUUACGUCAUUUUUAGAGAACUUUUUUCUUCAUCCAGCCCAAGUAAGAUAUAUGGGAAAGCCUUAGAGAAAUGCAGAUCACAUCCCGAGGUGAUAGGUGUUUUUGGUGAGCCAAUCAAAGGCUAUGGGGAGACAACACGACGCGGGAGACGGCAGCAUGUCAGUUUCAUCGAGUACGUCAAAGACGGGCUACAGCACAUGCGCCUUAAGUUCUACAUUGAGGGCUCAGAGCCAGGGAAGCAUGGGACCGUGCACCUGGAAGUGAAGGAGAACCCAGAGAGUGGUGAAUAUGAAUUCAGAUACAUUUUUGUAGAAGUUGAAGCUUACCCUAGAAGAACAAUUGUCAUUGAAGACAAUCGAUCCUGAGAUAUUAGAAGAGCAGGCGAGCCAAAGUUUCCUGGUAGAAGUUGAGUGGGGUCGGAUUGUCACACUGCCUUUCAGAGUCUGUAAGUGAGAUGGAAAGAGCAUAUACAGUCAUAAAAGUGAACACAACAGACAUUCACUGUGUCAGACAAACCAAACUAGAGAUUUCCUUGUAGAGUGAAAAAUCAUGAAAUAGAGCACGUUUUCUGUUACUGAGUUGUCAACCACAGACAGUAUUUCUGCUCUACUUAACAUCAUCUUUCAUGAGAAACUUUUGUUAUCAGAGAUUUUAGACCAUGUAAAUAAAACGGAUUUCAGUAUUUUAUCUUUUUGUAUAUAACUGUAAAGUCUCCGAAAUAAAACCAAC